UUGCGCAUGCGCAAGAACUAGCAACGUGGUAAGAACGACACAUCUUGGAAGGGCAUAAAGAUGUUGGGUAAAAGUUCAAAGUUAUUGCAGCACAUGCACCACAGGAUACGUGUGACGCUGCUUGAUGGUCGUAUGUUCGUUGGGACAUUCAUGGCAUUUGAUCAGCACCUUAAUCUUGUCCUCGCCGAUUGUGAGGAAUUUAGAAAGAUACGUCCCAAGAACCAAAAGCUACCGGAACGAGAGGAAAAGAGAACACUGGGACUCGUUUUAUUGAGGGGAAUGAAUCUAGUAUCCCUGACAAUAGAGGGCCCGCCCCCAUCAAGAGAUAGGUUUAAACAGGCUCAUCCUCAGCAAGCUCCUCAAGCUGGUCCUGGAAUGGGCCGUGCUGCCGGUCGGGGUCUACCAAUGGCUCCAACUGCUGUUGCUGCUCCAGCUGGUUUGACUGGUCCUGUGAGAGGUGUGGGUGGACCAGCUCCCCAAGCAAUGGCUCCUCCUCCUGGUCAGCCAGGACCUGGUGGACCAACUCCAUUUAAUCUUCCUCCAGCUGGUAUGCCACCCAGACCACCUCCUGGAGUAAUGCCUGAUGCACCUCCUCAUGGUCGUCUUCCUCCUCCUGGUAUGCCUCCAAUGAUGGGGCGUGGUAUGCCCCCACCUGGCAUGCCAAUCCCUGGCCCUCCUGGUAUGCCACCUCCUGGCCCUCCCCCAGGAAUGAGAGGCCCACCUCCCAGGUAAUAUGGCUACCCUCUCUUUUUCUGUGUCUCUGUUUCUUCUCAUAUUAUACCUUUAAGAUGUCACCUUUGUUUCGUUAGCUGACAUUAAUUAAUUAAGAAUGGACAGUCACUACGAUAUGCCUUAGUUGUUGUGUUUUGUUGUUUUACAUGUUUAUUAGUCUGCUUAA